AUGUCUAGCAGAAGGUCAAGGCAGUCUAGUGUUCCCAGGAUCACUGAUGAUCAGAUCAUCGACCUUGUCUCCAAAUUACGCCAGCUUCUCCCCGAGAUUCGUCAAAGGCGCUCUGAUAAGGUAUCAGCUUCCAAGGUCCUACAAGAGACUUGCAACUACAUCAGGAACUUGCACAGGGAGGUUGAUGACUUAAGUGAGCGAUUGUCUCAACUUUUGGCAACAAUUGAUUCUGAUAGUCCUGAAGCAGCGAUAAUAAGGAGUUUAAUUAUGCAAUAA